GAGAAAGGACUGCUGGAACCAGGUUUGCAGGAGGAGCAGAAGAGAAGAGAGAGCUGAGGCAGAAGAGAGUCAACAGACGAAGCUGCUGUACCUGAACAGCAUCUGCAGCACAGAUUCAACCAUGUUGUGGUUUCUGGUGAUGACCUGUGCGCUCUGCAUAGGGAGACACGCUGCAGCAGGACAGAGAGAUGGAGAAAUUAUUAGUCAGAUUAAAAUGACGAACCUUGCACUGGCUGAGAUUAAAGAGCUUCUGAAACAACAGAUAAAAGAGAUAGUAUUUCUGAAGAACACAGUGAUGGAGUGUGAAGCGUGUGGGAUGGGAGGAAUGCAUCCUCGUCCGUCCUGUGUACCCAACCCCUGCCACCCAGGUGUGAAAUGUACAGUCACACCUCAGGGUAUAAAGUGUGGACACUGUCCUGACGGCAUGGAGGGCAACGGUACCCACUGCACCGAUGUGGAUGAGUGUACUGUGAUGCCAUGUCACAUGGGUGUGCGCUGCAUAAACACCUCCCCAGGUUUCCGCUGUGGUUCCUGUCCUGCUGGAUACACCGGCCCCCAGGUCCAGGGUGUUGGCCUCGCAUACGCCACGGCCAACAAACAGGUGUGCAAAGACAUCAAUGAGUGUGAAGGACUCAACAAUGGGGGCUGUGUGGUGAACUCAGUCUGCAUGAACACCCCUGGCUCAUUCAGGUGUGGUCCAUGUUUGGCGGGCUACGUUGGAGAUCAGCGACGUGGCUGUAAGCCGGAGAGAGCCUGUGGGAAUGGCCAACCCAACCCCUGCCACGCCAGCGCUGAGUGCAUCGUCCACCGAGAGGGUAUAAUCGAGUGUCAGUGUGGAGUCGGAUGGGCUGGCAACGGCUAUCUCUGCGGGCCUGACAUUGACAUUGAUGGUUUCCCUGAUGCGAAACUGGACUGUCCUGAGAGUAACUGUAACAAGGAUAACUGUCUCACUGUGCCCAACUCUGGUCAAGAAGAUGCCGAUGGUGAUGGGAUUGGAGAUGCCUGUGAUGACGAUGCAGAUGGGGAUGGGAUCCCUAACACACAGGAUAACUGUGUGUUGGUGCCCAAUGUGGACCAGAAGAACAUUGAUGAGGACGACUUUGGCGACGCCUGCGACAACUGCCGUGCCGUCAAAAACAACGACCAAAAAGACACGGAUGUGGACAAAUACGGUGAUGAGUGUGAUGAAGACAUUGAUGGGGACGGAAUCCCCAAUCACCUGGACAACUGCCAAAGGGUUCCCAACGCUGACCAGAAAGAUCGUGAUGGAGACAAAGUGGGAGACGCCUGCGAUAGCUGUCCUUAUGUUCCAAACCCUGACCAGACCGAUGUGGACAACGACUUAAUUGGAGACCCCUGCGACACCAACAAGGACAGUGACGGUGACGGUCACCAAGACUCUAGGGACAACUGUCCAGCCGUCAUCAACAGCUCCCAGCUGGACACCGACAAGGACGGCAAGGGAGACGAGUGUGAUGAUGACGAUGAUAACGACGGCAUCCCAGACUUGUUACCACCUGGUCCUGAUAACUGCCGUCUGAUACCCAACCCUCUGCAGGAGGACUCUAACGGUGAUGGCGUGGGUAAUGUAUGUGAGAGGGAUUUCGACAACGACACGAUCAUUGACACCAUCGAUGUUUGUCCGGAAAACGCUGAGGUCACCCUCACCGACUUUAGGGAGUACCAGACCGUCGUUUUAGAUCCGGAGGGAGACGCACAGAUUGACCCCAACUGGGUGGUGCUGAACCAGGGAAGAGAGAUUGUCCAGACUAUGAACAGUGAUCCUGGCUUGGCUGUUGGUUACACUGCUUUCAGUGGUGUGGAUUUUGAAGGGACGUUUCAUGUAAACACGGUAACGGACGACGACUACGCAGGAUUCAUCUUCGGGUACCAGGACAGCUCCAGUUUCUACGUGGUGAUGUGGAAGCAGGUGGAACAGAUCUACUGGCAGGCAAACCCGUUCAGAGCUGUGGCAGAACCAGGCAUCCAACUCAAGGCUGUCAAGUCAAACACGGGUCCAGGUGAAAACCUGAGGAACGCCCUGUGGCACACCGGCGACACGAGUGACCAGGUCAAACUCCUGUGGAAAGACGCUCGCAAUGUUGGCUGGAAGGACAAAACUUCUUACCGCUGGUUCCUCCAACACCGACCCGCUGACGGCUACAUCAGAGUUCGUUUCUACGAGGGUCCUCAGAUGGUGGCGGACACAGGCGUCAUCAUCGACACCACAAUGAGAGGAGGUCGUCUAGGAGUCUUCUGCUUCUCACAGGAGAACAUCAUCUGGGCCAACCUGCGUUAUCGCUGCAACGACACUCUUCCCGAGGACUUUGACACCUACAGAGCACAGCAGGUCCGGCUGGCGGUCUGACAAGCCAAAGGGAAUUCUAGGGAACACUUUCCAACGCACAACUGGGAUCAGAAAUAAAAUCAUCACAUUGCAAACAUUUAUGAAAAUGCUGAAAUCUCCCCACGUUUAACAAAAAAACUGAUUGGCUCUGUGACAGGAGAGGAAACUCCACAGCAGUAAAAACUUAUAUAAUAAUAAUAUUAAUAAUAAUAAUAAUAAUAAUAAUAAUAAUAAUAAUGAUAUGACACAAACUGUGUAAUUGUUGCUAAAAAAUAAUUUUGCUAUAUUGUCUACUGUAUAUUUACAUUUCAAUUUAUACUUUUGAAAGAAGAACUAUUGCAAAGAUUUAACUGUUACUAAUGAAUAAAUGUGGAUUUUGGUAAAUGAUGUGCACUAUCUGGAUGAAUUUAAAGUCCACUGGUGUGACGUGACCAUUUACUAUGUCCAUAUAGACGACUGUGCAUAUUAAAAAAAUACUCAUUCUAGUGUCUCACCAAUAAUAAAAAAUAAUAGCUUAUCACCAA